AUAUAUAUAUAUAUAUCUACUAAUAAUAACAAUCAUGAUUAAUUCCAAAGGUUGUGAAUCUCACUUAUCUUAAAAGUUGGGUCUUUUCUAAUUGUUGUCAAAAAGUUAUGUUUUUUCUAAAAAUUGAAUGUUGAAAGGUUGUGUAUUUUUUAAAAGUUGUCUAAAUAGUUGUGUCUUUUCUUAAAGUUGUCAAAAAGGUUGUAUAUUUUCUAAAAAUUGAAUGUUGAAAGAUUAUAUCUUUUCUAAAAAUUGUCUAAUAGUUAUGUCUUUUCAUCCUAUAAAUAUUUUAUAAACAUCUUCAUUAAUGUGAAAGGUUAUGUCUUUCCAAUAAUAAAAAUGUUAUUAAUCCUCAAAAUUUCUCAAAUUUUGGAAUGAUAUAUCUUCCUACAAUUAUUUGAAUUUUCACAUGCAAUAAUUAUAAAAGGUUGUGAAAUAAUAAUAAAAAUCCUAACAAUUUUAUCUUUUCACUAUAAAAAGUUGUGAAAAAUGUCACCAAGAUUGCAUCAUUCUCGGAAUUCAAUUUGGGCAUAAAAUUGAAGAAUCCAGUCGUCAGGAAUUAAGAGAUAUUCUCGGAAUUCAGAACCUUGGAGGAAUGGGAUCUUAUUUGGGAUUGCCGGAAAGUUUUGGAGGAUCUAAGGUACAAGUGUUUGGUUUCGUACAAGAUAGAUUAAACAACAGAGUUAAUGGAUGGACUUUUAGAUUCUUUACUAAAGGAGGAAAAGAUGUCAUUAUUAAAUCGGUAGUUACGGCUUUACCAAACCAUGUGAUGUAUGUUUAUCGAUUGCCAAAAGCUACAGUGAAGAAGCUAACGAGUGCAGUAGCUCGGUUUUGGUGGAGUCCAGGAGGAAGUACAAAAGACAUGCAUUGGAAAUCAUGGGAUAAAUUAUGUGUUCCUAAAGAUAAUGGCGGAUUAGGGUUUAAAGAUCUUACAGACUUUAAUACGGCGAUGCUUGGCAAGUAAUUGUGGCGGCUGAUCGAGAAGCCGAAUACUCUUUUUUCUCUAGUUUUCAAAGGACGGUACUACAGGAAUGCUUCACCCCUGGAACCGAUCCGAUCAUACUCCUCAUCAUAUGGCUGGAGGAGUAUUACCUCUGCUACAUCUCUGGUUUGUAAAGGACUAAUUAAAAGGGUGGGAACAUGGUCAUCUAUUUCUGUAUGGAAUGACCCUUGGAUCCCAUCCACUCGCCCGAGACCAGCAAACAAAAACCUUCAUCACAGUUACCCGGAUCUCACAGUGGAUUCUCUCAUUAAUUCGGAAUGCCGAACAUGGAAUUUAUCGGUAAUUAGGACUUUGGUGGACCCUGAGGAUGUCAAAAUUAUUGAAAGUAUUCCUUUAAGUAGGAAUCAGAUGGAAGAUAGGAAUGGAUGGCAUUUCACUAACAACGGAAAAUAUACUGUACAAUCUGGGUAUCAAGUGGAACGAGUCUAUCCAGAAAAGGAAAAACCACCAGAAUUUUAUGGACCAACAGUGGAUAUAGUUAAAGCCUACUGUUGGAAAGUAAGAUGUCCUCCAAAGAUAGAACAUUUCUUAUGGCAGUUACUUUCAGGUUGUAUAGCGGUCAUGAAAAAUUUAAAAGCAAGAGGAAUACAAGGAGACACAUGUUUUGUACGGUGUGGGGACAAUGAGGAAUCAAUUAACCAUGUGUUCUUUGAAUGUCAUCCAGCACGACAAGUUUGGGCUUAUGGCAACGGCCGGCUCUGGGUGUAUGGAACAAAGUUUUGGUUAUGAAUAAGAUACGCAAAAAGUCCCUUUGUUCUUCUUUUUCCCUGUUUCUUCAGAUCAGAUAACAAAAAAAAACACAGUAACCAUUUGAAAACUCAUUUUUAAUGAAAUUGCAAGAAAAUCUGUUAGAUAAUGCUUAGUUUACAUAUUUUAAAAGUAUAAUAAUAGAAAAGAUGAAUCUUUUUAUUAAUACUUUCUGUUUUUUUUUUAAUUUUCGAUAAGUUUAAAAAAGUUGUUACAAUAAUUAAAGUUGCCAAGCCAAAAUUCAAUCUCUGGCAUAUGUAGAAAAAUAUGAAUCAAUAUAAUUAUUUGGUUAACCUAUAUUUGGUCAAAAAUACAUAUAAAAUAAAAUGAGGAGGGAAGAAAAGAAAGCAAAAAAAAAAAAGAAGAAGAUGAGAGAUUGCAUGUGGAGACUCAAUGCAUGUGUGAUCAACCAACCCCGGUUGAUUAAAAGUAAGCAAUUUAAUAUUAUAUAAAUAUACAUAAUACUUUCGCCAAUUUGUUGUUAUAAAAAUUUGAUAAUUUUUUUUUGUUUUGGUUAUAAAUUAUAUUUUCUUAAAUAAAAAGGGUCUGCUAUUAUAUAUAGAAAUAAUAAAAAUAUUUCAAAAUAUAUAUAUAUAUAACAAAAACUUAAAAAUGUUUAAGAUGUACCUUUUCUUUAUAAAAUAAGAUAGAUUUAAAAAAGCUUUCAAAUGAUGCAUGUAUCUAUAUUAUGUGUCUUUUCGAUAUGCAAUUAUUGAAAAAAAUAUGAAAAUAUGUGUAGAUGUGCAUUUUAUCGUGAGAAUGUGUCUUUGUAUCCAAAAUAUAUGUUUUCGAUGUUAAAUGUACUAUCUAAAAAUUAUUAUUUCAAAUAUGAAAGUAAUGGCUAUUCAUAUAGAUUUUCGAGAGAAUAUAAUAGUACAUUUCUAAAAGUAAUUCAUUGUAAUUUUUAAUUCUUUUAUAAUUUCAUAUAUUUAUAAACUAUUACAAUAUUUUGGUGAUGAACUAUUUUAUCUUUGAUAAAUCAUUGCAUCUGUUGUAUUUAUAUAUUUUGGUGAUGAACUAUAGUAAAUUUUAGUGUCAACAAUUAUAACUCUUAGUUAAUCAUUGUAAUGCUUGUUUGUUAACCAUUGUAAUUUUUAACUCUCUGCAUAAGAGGUUAUGAGAAUUGGAAAUCAUAAUUAAAAAAACUAAAAUUAUAUAUAUAUAUAUAUAUAUAUAUAUAUAUAUAUAUUUCUCAAUAUCAUCUCUAAAAUGCAUUAGUUUUAAGAAUGGUGUCUUUUUAGUUAGUUUAAAAAAUAGUAGUUAAAAUAUUCCAAAAUUGUCUUUCUAAAAACUAAGGAAUUGUGUCUUUUCAUUAGGUUAUGUUAUUUCAUCCUAAAAGUUGCAUUAAUAAGUUGUCAAAUUAUAUGUGCUUUUCAAGCAUCAUCUCUAAAAUUUAUUAGUUCUAAGAGUUGUGUUUUUUAAUUAACUUUAAAAAGUAGUUAAAAUAUCCUUAAAACUCAUUCUAAAAAUUAAAGAGCUGUGUCUUUUCAUUACGCAACAAGGUGACUUUUGUAAUAAUGUGUCUAUUCAAAUAUAUUGUAAGUUUACUAUUUAAGAUAAUAACUAUAUCUAAUUUAAAAAUUAUGACUAUUCGUAUAGUUCUUUGAAAAUAUAUAAAUAGGUCAUGUACAUAUUUUUUAUUGUAAAUCUUUCAAAAAUUUAUUAAAAUAUUGAAUAGAAAAAGUUGUAUGCAGGUACCUAACUGCAAAUUCUUAGAAUAUUUUCAAAUGAAAUAUUGUAACCGUUGGAUGUUAAGAAGGGUCAUUCGGAUUUGGAUAGCAAAAUAUAAUAUAAAAAUGAAAUAAUGAAAUUCUUAGUUUUAAUUUUCUUAUAUUAGAAAAAAAUUCUUCGAUUAGUCGUUAUAAGCUACCUUUUUUAAUUUAGUAAAACAAUUAGAUUGGAAUGUGCUUACUAUUAAUUAGUGUUAGUUUUUUCGAGAUUCCUAAAUCAUUUAGAUAAACAGAUAAUAAGACAUAUAUCUUAUAUAGUAUUAACAUAUUUGUAAUUUUAAUACAGUCAACCUAUAAACAAAAUAUAGUUUUUAAUAUUUCUCCAAAAGCAAUUAUAUAAUUUGGAAUUUGUUUUAAAAAAAUGAAUUCCCGUGCGGUAUCGCACGGGUUCCUUACCUAGUAUAGUUUAAAAGAGAUUGAAGAUUUUCCUUUUUUCAGAAAAUCUAGGUAGUACCCUGUUGCACAAUUCUUGUUGAUUUACAUUAUAUUUCUAGCAGAAUGAAGGAUCUUAUUCUAGUUGGAGGAUUUGGAACUCGAUUGAGACAGCUUACGUUCAGCAUGCCAAAACCCCUUGUUGAUUUUGGUAACAAGCCCAUGAUUUUGCAUCAGAUUGAAGCAGUAAAAGCUGCUGGUGUUACUGAAGUUGUAUUAGCUAUCAACCACCAACAACCAGAGGUCAUGUUGAAUUUUGUGAAAGAAUAUGAGAAGAAGCUUGAUAUGAAGAUCACCUUUUCUCAAGAAACCGAACCCCUCGGGACAGCAGGGCCUCUCGCUUUGGCUCGGGACAAGCUCAUCGACGAAUCAGGCAAACCCUUUUUCGUGCUCAACAGCGAUGUCAUCUGCGAAUAUCCACUCCUCGAGAUGAUCCAAUUCCACAAGAACCACGGCGCUGAAGCUUCCAUCAUGGUGACCAAAGUAGAUGAUCCUUCAAAGUACGGUGUGGUGGUUAUGGAGGAAGCUUCCGAAGCGAGAGUCGAAAGGUUCGUCCAGAAACCAAAACAUUUUGUCGGGGACAAGAUCAACGCUGGGAUAUACCUCUUGAACCCGUCUGUGCUCGACAGGAUCGAGCUCAGACGGACGCCGAUAGAGAAAGAGAUAUUCCCCAAGAUCGCUUCGGAGAAGAAGCUUUACGCCAUGGUGCUACCAGGUUUCUGGAUGGACAUUGGUCAGCCGAAAGAUUAUUUGACAGGGCAGAGAAUGUACCUCAACUAUCUGAGAAAGAAUGCGCCUGGGGAGCUUUUAGUGUCGUCGGGAGAUGACGUGAUCGGGAAUGUUAUGGCGGAUGAGACCGCUGUUAUAGGAGAACGAUGCUUGAUAGGACCUGACGUGGUGAUUGGUGCAGGAUGCGUGAUUGAACCUGGUGUGAGAUUGUUUGGUUGCACUGUGAUGAGAGGUGUGAGGAUCAAGGAGCAUGCUUGUGUGUCUGAUAGUAUCGUGGGGUGGGACUCGACCGUUGGAAGUUGAGCUCGUGUUGCUGACGUGACGGUUCUCGGCAAAGAUGUUCAGGUCGGGGAUGCAGAGGUUAUACAAAUGUCUGCGAAACCAGAGAUCAUACAGAAAGUGUGAUUCACUUUUUAUUUUCUUAGCUCUUGUAGUAUGAUUUUAUUUUAGGUUGAUCAACUUUCUCAUUCGGUUAACAUUCUUUUGAAUGCAUUCCCUUGGUCGAACAUCGAAUGACAAAAAUGAAUUUGAGUGCAACUUAUUUGUUAUUAUCCACUCUCUUCUCUAUAUCCAAUUGAGUAUGAGUAACAAGUAUUGUGAAAUUCAAUGCUUAGUCUCCCCUCAUGGCCUCACAGGUCUUUUUUUUUUUCUCUUACACAUAUUUUUCUUUCUUUCAAUAUUUUUGUUAAUCCGAAUCAUUUUAUAGAAUUCUAUAAAACUGACAAAAAAAUACAAAAAUUCUUCCUAACAAUAUAACGAUUGGGCGAUGAAAGAAUAAUAAAUCAACAUUCUGUUUUGGUAUAAAAUCUGUCAUACUUGAAUCCGAAUUUGGUAAGUUGCCAAACUACAAAAAAGCUACAACGCAUGUAUGUUUUCAAAAUGGAAUAGUUAGAUAUCAUUAUCUCAAAUUAAAAAAAAAUACAAGCCCUUUUUCAAAAAAAAAAAAUUAAAA